AUGGCUGGGGCUUACAGUAUUCGUGAACUUGCGACUGGUUACGAAAGGACCACCAGUGAGGUGCUGACACAUGAAGGUCCACAGCAGCUCGUCCAGCUGGGCUCACUUGAUGACUGCACCCUGCAAUUGUCUCACAAUGGUACCUAUCUGGAUCUAGAAUCCACCCUAGCAGAACAAAGAGACGAAUUGGAAGGAUUCCAGGAGGAUGCUGGGAGGGGCAAGAAGCACAGUAUUAUUCUGAGGACCCAGCUGUCAGUGAGAGUCCAUGCCUGCAUUGAAAAACUUUACAAUUCCAAUGGACGGGAGCUGAGACGGGCACUUUUCUCCUUGAAACAAAUAUUUCAGGAUGACAAGGACUUGGUUCAUGAGUUUGUUGUUGCUGAAGGUCUGACUUGCUUAAUCAAAGUGGGAGCAGAGGCCGACCAGAAUUACCAGAACUACAUCCUGAGAGCUUUGGGCCAGAUUAUGCUCUAUGUUGAUGGCAUGAAUGGCGUAAUAAAUCAUAAUGAAACCAUCCAAUGGCUGUACACGCUUAUUGGGUCAAAGUUCCGCCUGGUGGUAAAGACAGCGCUGAAGCUGCUGCUGGUGUUUGUGGAGUAUACCGAAUCCAACGCACCGCUUUUAAUCCAGGCAGUGUCUACUGUUGAUGAAAAGAGAGGAGCCAAGCCGUGGUCCAACAUCAUGGAGAUCCUGGAGGAGAAGGAUGGGGUUGAUACCGAACUACUGGUUUACGCAAUGACCUUGGUUAACAAGACGCUGUCGGGGUUGCCAGAUCAAGACUCUUUCUACGACGUGGUGGACUGUCUGGAAGAGCUAGGCAUUGAAGCUAUUUCACAGAGACACUUGAACAAGAAAGGAACAGACUUGGACUUAGUUGAGCAAUUUAACAUUUAUGAGAUGACACUGAGACAUGAGGAUGGAGAUGAGAGUGCUGACCCCCCUCCCAGUGGGCGCAAGGACCGGAGAAGAGCCAGUCUUGGUGCUGGUGAGCGAAGAGGGCUAGAGCGCCGGCGGAGCCGCAGGCACUCGGUACAGAACAUCAAAAGCACUUUAUCGGCCCCUGCGAGUCCAUGCGGUCAGUCAAACCCUAACUUCAUGCUAGGCCACGGACAGCGCGGUGAAGAUCUCAAGGAGGAAGAGUAUGAAGAGGAGGAAGAAGAACAGCCAGUCACAGAGCCCAAUACUGAGGAUGAGGGGGAGGAAGAGGCCAGUAGGCAGGUCAAAGCCAGUAAAUUGCCUGUCUCCAGUGCCAUUUCUCCAGCUGAGAGGCCUCUCUCCUGCUCUAGAGAAAAGAGCUCUUCCAGCAGCUCCUCUUCUGUGCCUGACUCAUCUGUCUCUCAUCAUAAUUCUGUCCUUUCAUCACCGUCUUCACCUGCGGCAGCAUUGCUAAGCUCUUCCCAAAAUUCAUCAGCAUCCAUUACUCCAAAGGCAUCUCCAACAGUGGAGAAAUUGCCUUAUGUACCACAUACUCCUUUUCACCUCUUCUCAUACGACUUUGAAGAGUCUCCAGCAUCUGUGAAAGAAAAGGAAGCAGAGGUGAUGAGGGAAAACAGUCCUUCUGAAUUUCUACAUGUGAACAAAUAUUUUGAUUCCUUUGAUCCUUUUAAUUUUCAAUCUUUCUCUUAUAAUAGAUACAAUAGCUAUGGCAGCAGUUCUUACUCUUCUCCACGACCUUACGCUGGUGUGAGUGCCCCUACAACACCCACUACUCGUUAUGGGACAACUCUCUCACCGCCACAAGAGACCAAAUCUGACAGGCCAGCUUUGGGUGGUCUCCUUACAUCAUCUUUUCGGCAGCACCAGGAGUCCUUGGCAGCAGAAAGAGAAAGACGACGUCAGGAGAGAGAAGAAAGGUUGCAAAGGAUAGAACGCGAAGAAAGAAACAAAUUCAACCGCGAUUAUUUAGACAAAAGAGAAGAACUAAGACAAGCAAGAGAAGAGAGGUACAAAUACUUGGAGAGGUUGGCAGCGGAGGAGUAUGAGAAGGAGCUGAAGAGUCGGAGCAUAAGCCGAGGCAGAAGUGAGCUGUCCUUGAACCUGAGAUCUCCUUCAGCCCCAUCCUCGCCUGUACCCAAGUGCGUCAGCCCAGCAUCCGUAGAGUCCCAGGAAGAGCUGAAGACCCCUUCCACCCCUUGUGGGUCCCCUCAGCCCUCAGAAGUGAGUGCCAGUGAACCCGAACCCGAGACAGAGACAGAACCAGACCCAGAGCAGGAGGCUGAGGCCGAGCAGGGAACGGAGACACCCAAGGAAAUAGAGGCUACAGAAGUGGGACCAGAGAGUGAGGUGGAGCAAGGACCAGAGAGAGAGCCAGAAGAAAGUGCAAUACUCAGUGAAAAAGAGAGGCAGAAUGAGGAAGUGAAUGAAAAAGACAACUGCUCUGCAUCCAGCAUAUCCUCAGCAAGCAGCACUUUAGAGAGGGAAGAGAGAGAGGACAAGUUAACCAGUGACAAUGAAACUGGUCCAUGGUCGCAGACCAUUCAGGAUGCUGGUGUGAAUGAGCAGUGCAGCAACAUCCUCAACAACAAGCGGUUUAUGCUGGACAUGUUGUAUGCGCAUAACAAAAAGCCCAAGGAUGAAGAGGCGAAGGAGCUGGAGGCGAAGGAGGAAAAGACGGAGACGGAGGAAAGCGAGGAGUCACUCACUAGCCUAGCCAGUAGGAUCUCUAUACUUCAGGCCACGAAGCAGGCCAAAGAUGAAAGUGUCAAAAAAAUGGAGAUCGGAAAUCUGGACAACCAAGGCAGCGUGAAAGCCUUUGCGGAAAAAUUCAACAGUGGUGAGCUGGCGAAGGGGACAGCCGUGCCUGAAGAUGAAAUCAGUGAACAGGUCCCCGAGAAAACACCAGCACAGCCAAAGAAGGAAUCUGACUACAUCUGGGAUCAGCUUAUGGCUAAUCCUAGAGAACUUAAAAUCAAAGACAUGGAUUUUACAGACUUGGGGGAGGAGGAUGAUGUAGAUGUGUUGGACAUGGAUAUGGGUCCUGGGGACUCCCUUGUUCCCCCUCCUCCACCCCCACCUUCUUUUCUGGGUUUGCCUCCUCCGCCACCUCCCCCGCUGUUUGGAUGUCCGCCUCCACCUCCACCCUCUGCUAAUUUAUUGGCUCCUCCGCCACUGUUCAGCACUCCUCAGGGUUUAGGGUCACCCCAGGUUUCUAGGGGUCAGCCAGCAUUUAUAAAGAAGAAGAAAACCAUCCGUCUGUUUUGGAACGAAGUACGGCCAUUUGAGUGGCAGUGUAAAAACAACAAACGCUGCAGAGAAUUCCUGUGGUCGAAACUGGAACCCAUUAAGGUGGACACUUCCAAACUGGAGCAUCUCUUUGAGUCUAAAUCCAAGGAACUGCCUGUCACAAAGAAAACUGCUGCAGAUGGGAAGCGACAGGAGAUCAUUGUAUUGGACUCGAAACGAAGCAACGCUAUUAAUAUUGGCUUGACUGUGUUGCCCCCUCCUCGGACUAUCAAGACUGCUAUUUUGAACUUUGAUGAAUAUGCCUUAAACAAGGAAGGAAUAGAGAAAAUCCUGACCAUGAUCCCGACCGAGGAGGAGAAGCAGAAGAUCCAGGAGGCGCAGCUGGCUAACCCCGAUGUCCCCCUGGGCAGCGCUGAGCAGUUCCUUCUCACCCUCUCCUCCAUCAGUGAACUCUCUGCCAGGCUCCAGCUCUGGGCUUUCAAGAUGGACUACGAGAUAGUGGAAAAGGAAGUUGCAGAACCACUUCUAGACCUGAAGGAAGGAAUGGACCAACUGGAGCACAAUAAAACUUUGGGAUUUAUCCUUUCUACUCUACUAGCCAUUGGGAACUUUCUGAAUGGAACCAAUGCCAAAGCUUUUGAGUUGAGCUACCUCGAGAAGGUUCCAGAAGUCAAGGACACAGUGCAUAAGCAGUCCCUACUGCACCACGUCUGCACUAUGGUGGUGGAAAAGUUCCCAGACAGCACUGAUCUUUAUUCAGAGAUCGGGGCCAUCACUAGGUCAGCCAAGGUUGACUUUGAACAACUCCAGGAAAACUUGUGUCAGAUGGAAAGGCGAUGCAAAGCAUCAUGGGAUCACCUUAAGGCUAUAGCAAAGCAUGAAAUGAAGCCAACUCUAAAGCAAAAAAUGUCCGAGUUCCUUAAAGACUGUGCAGAAAGAAUCAUAAUCCUGAAGAUUGUUCAUAGAAGAAUAAUUAACAGGUUUCACUCAUUUUUGUUAUUUAUGGGCCAUCCUCCCUAUGCAAUACGUGAAGUCAACAUCAAUAAGUUCUGCAAAAUUAUUAGCGAAUUUGCUCUGGAAUACCGCACCACCAGGGAACGAGUUUUGCAGCAAAAACAAAAACGAGCUAACCACAGGGAAAGAAACAAGACCAGAGGGAAAAUGAUAACAGAUACUGAUGAAGAGGAGGAUGCUGAGUCCGGCAAGUUCUCCAGCGGCUCGCCCCCCUGCCAGGGCCAGCCCCAGGGGCUGCAGUACGCCGAGGACGCCGACGUGAUAUGGAGUGGCCUCACCAACGAGUUUUUAGGCCGUAUCAGUUCGUGGAAUGCUGGCAAUGAUGAUUCACCUAAUGCAACGGAUGAUGCAGCAGAUGAGAUCAUGGAUCGCAUUGUAAAGUCCGCCACCCAAGUGCCAAGCCAGCGAGCGGUGCCUAGAGAGAGGAAGCGGUCACGAGCCAAUAGGAAGUCAUUGAGAAGGACACUAAAGAGCGGGCUAACACCAGAAGAAGCCAAAGCACUGGGUCUUAUCAGCACCUCUGAGAUGCAGGUUUGACGUCCCAGAGGUGGCAACAAGAAGAGCCUUUCACCUGAAGCACACAGGCUGACAGCCCUUCGGUGGGGCAUUGACCUGCCAGCCUCCUCUGCUGCUCCCAACAUCCCAUCCUCUGUUAGUUUGAUUUUAAUAAGCAACAAAAAGCGAAACCCCACAGCCAGGACACAAGAAGGCUGUGCCGCAGCUCAGCACGACAUCCGGACAGUAACUGAGGAAGCGUGUGAGUGCUUGUAGGUGAAAGCAUAUGGCUUCUUCUCGUGGUGUGUUGAUGUGGGUAAGAGGGGGCUCUCUCUUGAGUUAUCUGUCGUUAUGUGAGCUGUGUUUACUCUGGCUUUCCUUGUGCCCUGUUUUAGUCAUUGUAAAUGUAUGGCAUUUUGUUAAUGCAAGGAACAGUCCUUAAAGAGGCAAAAUAACUCCUGUUACAGCGACCCUAAUUUUCCUGAAGCAGUUUUGUUAAGCAGAGAUGCACAGUCUGUGCAGCCCUGUGGUUUGAGGUUUUUUGUUACUGUUUUGCCACCAAAGAAUGUAAAAAUGUAUGUGUACCUUUGUAUAUG